AUGAAAUUUUGUGUUGGUCAAGGUUAUGACGGUGCUGGUAACAUGGCUGAGAACUGUUCCGGUGCUGCAGUAAGAAUAAAAGCUAUUUAUCCAAAAGCAUUAUAUGUUCAUUGUGGAUCUCAUGUCCUCAAUCUUUGUGUUGCAAAUGCCUGUAACAUACAGAUAGUUAGCAAUAUGAUGUCAAAUGUUCGUGUUAUAUCUCAGUUCUUUAAUUUUAGUCCAAAGCGUUUUGAUGUUCUGAAAAAAAAAAUUGAAGAAAUGUUUCCAAAAGCUCAUCACUCUCGUUUAAUAGAUGUAUGUCGUACAAGAUGGAUUGCCAGAAUUGAUGGUUUAGAUGUGUUUAUAGAGGUACUUCCUGCUAUAAUUAAAUGCUUUGAGCUAAUAAUUAAUAACGAUGAAAAGUCUUGGAAUCAUGACUCAGUGCGUGAUGCAAAUAGUUAUUUCUUUGCUACUAGAUCUUUUCAGUUUCUUGUUACUUUAGUAGUGGUGUCUCGCUGUUUGGAACGACUAAGAUCAGACAUUGAACACAGUCAUGGUGCUUGGUAUAGUGAGGCAGUUGUAUUGGCAGCUAGUGUUGGUGUUUAUGAGCACAAGCCUUGUACAAUAGGAAAACAGCUUAAUCGAAAUAAUUGUCCUAGUGAAUCUAUUAAUGAGUAUUACAAGAAAGUCAUUACAAUUCCUUUUCUUGACCAUCUAUCAUCCCAGAUUCAAUUACGUUUUUCUAAUAAAAACAUUGCUGUUUAUAAUGGAUUCUUUGCAAUGCCAACUAACGUUUUAAUUGUUGCUGAAUGGAGAAGCAACUUUCUUCUUUUUUCAAAUGAGUAUGAGGAUGAACUUCCGGAACCACGGUAUAUCAUGACCGAAUUGAACAUGUGGGAAGAUUAUUGGCGUAGCGUUAAAAAUUCCCUUCCUACUACUCUGACCAAACUCCUUCCUCUUAUUGAUAGAAUAACUUUUCCUAAUAUAUUUACCUUAAUUCAAAUUCUUGCAACUAUUCCAGUAACAACAUGCACUUGCGAAAGAUCAAUCUCUGUUAUUCGUCGUUUAAAAACCUAUCUACGUAACACAAUGUCACAGAAUAGAUUUAAUAGUCUUGCUUUAAUGCACGUUCACCAAGAUAUCAGCAUCGAUGUAAAUGAAGUGAUUGAUUGUUUUGCUAGGAAAAAUCCUCGUAGAAUGAAACUUGUGUUUUUAGAAGUUAAACUAGAUGGUUACUUGUUUUAUUUUCAAGUUUCUGUUUAA